AGGGGGUGAGGGACCACAGGGAAUUUGAUUUGUCUGGUCCAUCGUUGUCUUGCCCAUGGCCAUGCCCCAAACGUCCCUCGACUUUGAGUUGAGAGCCGCCCUGCACGUGCAGCAACUGUCUCUCGCUCCGGACUGCAUUGGAGGAAAUUCCGUUUCUUCAGCAUACAAGAGACCCCCAUGCUCCCGGGCCGUUCCAGCAAAGCUUCGAGAACGUCCAAACCCUGGAGAAGGCCUGCAGUGCAGAGAGAUACUGGGACGUCGCGUUGUCGCUAUUCAUCCAUGAGCGCGCGCUCGGCACUCCGCCUUCAAUCGGAGAGAACGCCGUGAAAAACGCAGCCUUACCACCACCACUACCAACCACCAAGACGAUUGCGAUUAUAAUUAGGCAUUGGAUGGGAAAAAGGCAGCGGCCGAUGCGCAUGCGCCUCGCGCUUCCCAUCCCUGGACAGCGGAUAGCGGGCCCUGCUCGAUAUACGCGACAAAUCACGAUGCGCUUCCAAUGGUGUGCAGAGGAAGUCGGCCCCAACCAAACCGAAGCUGGCCGUAAUGAACCCCUCCAAUUCCUCCAGUUGGACUGCUUGGCCGAAGCAGCCUCAAUCUAUUGGGUUCGUUGAGACCCACGCCCUCAGCAGAAGGGACAGAAAAUAUCGCACCUCCAUCUCCCAAGGUACCUCAAGGUGUGGAUGAAGGCAGUAAAGCCGCAGCGCGACCGCCGACGGUGAAUCCGUCCCUCGCUGCUCACAAAUCGAGAAAUAUGGCCCUCACAAAGGGAAAACGAGGGGCAACCUCAGUGGGGGUCACCGCCGCCUUCGGGCCUUGGAUCGGUCGCACGACCCGGAGUCGUCGGUUGAGAACUCCGCUAAUGCUCCGCUUAGAAUCCACGCGCAUUACUGAUUGGCAUGGCUCUGACCGAGGGAAAACGCAGCGUCGUGUCGGAGGGCGACGGAGGCCAUGAUGUCAGUCAGCAAACACCGAUAGCUGCACUACUGAUUAUCCGUUAUGUCCGUCUGAAGAUGUCCGACGGAUAAAAUGCAGCUGAUGCAGGAACAGCAUGGUUAAAUGGGAUGGUGACAAUCCCAGCCGAACGGAACGUGAGUCUGACCAGCACGGCCGGUGCCAAAUAAUCAAAUGGCUCAAGACGGAACUGGGAUUCCUGUUUUCCGGGUUUAGACUUCUCUGGGCGUUUAAUCGGCGGCAUGGGCUGCAUUGUGAACCUCGGGAUUCGAGAAGCAACGAUUUAGGUGCGCGGGAUGCAAUGAGCGGCAGUUGGUGUACAGUGUCCACCCACCUGGAAGGUUGAAGAGCAGUGCCAAGCAAUGGACACUUCCUUGUCCGAGCUUCUUCCACGCACAAGCCACAGACGGCACGUGAUAGAUCAGAACUAGCCACCAGCCACAUUGGCCACACACCACCGCCGAGGCUGAGACGACAUCGUCACAAUUUCCCCGAAUACAUCACCAGCAAACCCAUCUCUGCAUUUGCGACAGCCCCGACAACAGCACGCCCACAGUCGGCUAUAGCAAAGAGCAAAGGAGAUUUGACUUCUUUGAGCAGGAACAUCCCAGGCUCAGAGGUACGUUACCACAAAAAAGCUCAAGCAAAGCCACACGCGCCUUGCUUGCACAAAAAAAACCGUAUCAUACCCGCAGUUCAUUCAUCAUGGCCUACCCGCCCCCUCCAGGUAUCUCGAGCGGCCCCCCUACCGGCAAUCCACCUUCUCAUCCCUCCCUGCCCGCGAGGCCCCCUCCGAGCAAGUCAUCCGGAGGCUUCAAGCCCGCCUUCAAACCCGCCUACGGAGCUGCAGCCUCAUCCGCGCCUACCUCCUACUCGAGCGCACCGACCUAUGCCAGCGCGCCCGCCGCCCAUUAUGGCUCCUCCUACGCAUCGUACUCGCAACAACCGUCGCCCUCGCCCUCGGUAGGCGGCGCCGGUCGCUAUGGAGCAUCAAUGCCCGCAUACGAUUCAUACACACAACCCGGCGCCGGCUCUCGUUACGGCCAGGCCUCGAGCUACAAUGCGCCGCCUUCGACAUAUGGCGCAGCACCGCAGAUUCGCAACCCGUUCCCGAUUCCCGGCACCGGCGCCCCUGCCGCCGGCGCAUCCGCCGCCUCGGCCUCCGACUACGAUCCGGACAUGGCGAUGCAGAUAGCACAGUGGCAGAGCGCAUACAGCUCGAACGGCACGAAGGACGCCAGCGGUAAAGAUCCGGUCGUCCCCAGCGGUCGUGGGGGCUUCCCUGGAACAGGAAGCAACGUCGCGACCCCUCCCAUCAUCGACCCCGCAGCCGCGGCCGCAGCGGCAGCAGCAGCGAACCAACCCCCCGAGCGCAAGAAGACCGUCGUCCGCGAGGGUGGCGGCAAGAAGUGGACCGACGACACCCUCGCCGAAUGGGACCCGAGCCACCUGCGCCUCUUUGUCGGCAAUCUCGCAGGCGAAGUCACAGACGAGUCCCUCCUCAAGGCCUUUUCGCGAUGGCAGUCGGUGCAGAAGGCGCGCGUGAUCCGCGACAAGCGCACCGCCAAGUCCAAGGGGUACGGCUUCGUGUCCUUCAGCGACGCCGACGACUUUUUCCAGGCCGCCAAGGAGAUGAAUGGCAAGUACAUCCAGAGCCACCCCGUUACUGUGCGCAAGGCAAACACGGAGAUCAAGAUCACCAACGUCAAGGGCAAGGACCACCGCAACAACCGCAAUAACAAGAACAAGAAGCACUCUGGCAACGGUGGUGGCGGCAAUGGUGGCGGAGGAAAUAAGAAUGCAGAUGGUACUGGGUAUGAACCCCACCUCGGCCCUGUGCAUAGUCACGGUGUCACCAAGCCUGGACAGAAGACCAAGAACGGUCUCAAGUUGCUUGGAUGAUUUCUUCUUGGUUUCAGAAAUAGUUCAUUCGGCUAGACUGGCGUUCUGGAGUUGGAGGUCACCCAUACCC